AAAAUUGCUCAUUUGAGAAUCUCAUUGAAAUGAAGAGUUUGACACAAAACAUUUAAAUCUAAUUAUUUAUUUUGGUUUAGUUCAAUCAAUCAAUCUUUUCAUUAAGAAUAUUCUGUUAACGUAUUUUAAUUUGUUACAUAUUUCUAUUAAAAAUAUCUCCUGGUUUUUAAGCCUGUAUAUUUUUGUGUUUCUUGGUUACUUUUAAGGAUUUUCAAAACUGUGGUGCAAUGAUGACUUUAUCUAAAUCGUGUUUGCCCAGCAAUAAUGGUUGUAGCCCUAAAUCAACUGCUAAACACAAGAUUUUAGAUGAAAAUGAAAACGAAGCGAAUCUCAGUGAUAGAGGGAUUAACAGUUUGGAGGAACUACCAAGAAUAUUUUAUCUCAACAACAUUACCAGGUUAACCUUGAGUCACAACAAAAUUCGAGCCAUUCCUCCGUCCAUUUCAAACAUGACCAACCUGGAAUCGUUAAAUUUGUUUAAUAAUCAAAUUGAAGAAUUACCCUCCGCCAUAGUAUCACUGCCUAAAUUGAAAAUUCUGAAUGUUGGCAUGAACCGUUUGUAUAAUCUUCCUAGAGAUUUUGGUGAAUUUCCAGUGUUGGAAGUAUUGGAUCUUACUUACAACAAUCUCGAUGCUAAAUGUUUUCCAAACAAUUUCUACACCUUGGAAACAUUAAGAGCGUUGUAUUUAGGAGACAAUGAUUUUGAAUAUUUGCCUUCUGAAAUCGGCCAACUUAAAAAUCUUCUGAUUUUAUGUCUUCGGGAUAAUGAUUUACUCACUUUACCCCGUGAAAUCGGCCAACUUACUCGAAUAAGAGAGUUACACAUUCAAAACAAUCGUCUAAGUGCUUUACCUCCGGAAUUAGGAAAUCUUGAUCUCUGUUCCAACCGAAGUGUCUGUCGAAUGGAGGGAAACCCAUGGAUACCACAAAUUGCUGAUCAACUUCAGAUUGGAGUCUCUCAUGUAAUGGAUUUCAUCCGUCAAGAGGCUUACAAAUUUCUGUAUAGUCGAACCCAAGGAAUGUCUUCAACUGCUGUCCCUUCACGAAAUGACGAAAGGAAAUCAAAGAAAAUUUCUCGGAUACGAGUUAAAUAAGGAAACUUUGAGAUUAUUAAACCUUUUGAGUUUAAUUUGCAAUUACUAUUAAUAAGCUUGAUCGCCCUAUUCUACUCUUUCAAUGCAUUACGACUUUUAAUAAAUUUGAUCUGUGUCGAUCUUUCCUUGACUGCCUUCGGACUUGUUCACAAUCUCAACACUGAACUACUCUUACUAAAUUUACUAUAAGAAAUAUUCAGUGAUUUAACUAACUCAACGCCUUUUUAUUCAAGAUUCAUCUUAUAUAAACACGUAUUAAUUGCUAAUAAUCAAUUUAAAAUAUAUUUGUAAAUGAUAUAUGUCAUGACUUGAAGAAAAUCUUUUUUUCUUGCCAGAAAUUCAAUCCAUGUAGCCUUAUUCAUGUUAAAAUAAGCUUGUUAAUUCUAGCAUAACAAAAUCUUUUAUCAAACAGAUAAUAAAUAUUUAAAAUCUCACAA